AUAUUUAUUUGUGUCAAAAGUAGUUGGACGUUUAGGACUGCAGGUAGGCUUAUGUGUGACAAAUGAAAGCAGCCAAACAAAGCAAUAUGUAUAACUACGGUUAAAGUAAAACAAAUAAUGUAGGAUUACCUAUAACACUGCAUGUAAAAUAAUCAAUAGUCUACCCAACAACACGCACACUCAGAGUAAAAUAGAUUAGAGUAACGCAAUUUUUCACCAAUUCAGGGCAAGCAGCAUUUAUCACAUUUAUAAUUCUCCAGGCAGUGGAGUUUGCGAGGUCCAACGUCUUUUUUACUAAAUGAUUUUAUCAGACAUGUGACUGAAUUACCCGCUCACAUGGCCGCUGUGUUUGCAUGAUCCGCUUUAGUUUUUAAAGUCCGGUGGUCGGGCUAGCUCUGCAACAACCAUCCGGAGCAGAAGACCACAACACACGACCUAACCGGACAAGCCAUGGCGAGCAGUGGACAAAAAGUAGUCCUAAUCACCGGUUGCUCCUCCGGCAUCGGGUUACGAAUCGCCGUCCUGCUGGCCAAAGAUGAAAAGAAGCGUUACCAUGUGAUUGCCACCAUGCGGGACCUGAGGAGGAAAGACAAGUUGGUGGAAGCAGCAGGUGAUGUGUAUGGGAAGACCCUGGUGCUGCUGCCUCUGGACGUGUGCAGUGAUGAGUCAGUCAAGCUGUGCAUUAACAGUGUCGAGGACCGCCAUAUCGACGUCCUCAUCAACAACGCUGGUGUUGGCCUGCUGGGGCCUGUGGAGAGCAUCAGUAUGGAGGAGAUGAAGCGGGUGUUUGAGACCAACUUCUUCGGUGUGGUCAGGAUGAUCAAAGAGGUCAUGCCUGACAUGAAGAAGAGACGUGCGGGGCACAUCGUGGUCAUGAGCAGUGUCAUGGGACUCCAGGGGGUUGUGUUCAAUGAUGUCUACACCGCCUCCAAGUUUGCCAUGGAGGGCUUCUGCGAAAGCAUGGCCGUCCAACUGCUGAAGUUCAACAUCCGUUUGUCUAUGAUUGAGCCCGGGCCGGUGCACACUGAGUUUGAGACGAAGAUGAUGGAGGAUGUGGCCAAGAUGGAGUACCCCGGCACUGACGCCGACACUGUCCGCUAUUUUAAAGACGUCUACCUGCCCUCCUCUAAGGACAUCUUUGAGGCCAUGGGCCAGACCCCGGAGGACAUCGCCAAAUGCACCCAGAAGGUCAUCGAGUCCAGGAACCCUCGCUUCAGAAACCUGACCAACAGCCUGUACACGCCCAUCGUGGCUAUGAAGUACGCUGACGAGACGGGCGGCCUAUCGGUCAACACCUUCUACAACCUGCUGUUCAACUUCGGCCCUCUCAUGCACAUCACCAUGAGCAUCCUCAAGUGCCUGACCUGCAGCUGCCUGCGCAGGCGCACCAUCUCACCCAACUGAGAGACGCACAUCUCCCCAAAAUGAGAGACGCACCAUCUCACCCAACUGAGAGACGCACAUCUCUCCAAAAUGAGAGACGCACCAUCUCACCCAACUGAGAGACACACAUCUCUCCAAAAUGAGAGAGGGGAGGAUGUGUGUGCGUCUGAAAUGGCAUCCUUAUGCCCUGUAUUAUGCACUACUAGGGUCAAAUGUUGUGCACAAUGGAGGGAAUAGGGCGGCAUUUUGGAUGCACCCUGUCAUUGGCCAUCUCCCCAAACCCCCCUCCCUUUCCAACAGUAAUGGGCCUGUCCAAUGGGGGCUGACUGCGUAGACUAGACUGGAAACCCUGGGCGAAGGAAGGGCCAUGUAGUCAACAGAGAAAGUAACCACGAGAGAACCAAGAUAAGCUUUCGCCAGGCAACACUUGCACAGACUCGGUUAAUGAACAAUCGCAAAAAGAAGUGGGACAUCAUACAUGUGCUUAGGAGUUGUUCUUGGUCAGGUCGAGUGAUCAGGGAAAACGUUGUUUAUUUCCUGGUCAGGUCAUGUGAUCUGGGAAAAAUGACUGGCCCAACUCAUUACGAUUACACACAAACAAUUUACCCACAAACACUGCCGUUUAUCUCCUCAGCUCCUGCCUUUGUAGGUUUUGAGGUGUAUUGUCUGUAUGUCUGUCUGCCCAUCUUUCUGUUUGUCCUACCGUCUGUUCUGUCUGUCCAUGGAAAAAUAAAAAAAGCACACAACAAAACAUAAAGAAUAGCAACAAAAAACUGGUUCUCUAUCACACUGAAAGCAUAACAUAGCACCCAAUGAACUUAAAACUCAGGCUGUGCUAAACUCUCAGUACAAUGCAGUAUUUAACUCUGAGUCACAAAGAAUCUACUAGAUGCCUUCAAUGUACAUUUGAUUUGAUGUAAAUCUUUAUUAUAGUAUUGUUGUAUGUUCAAUUGCUGUUGAAUCAUAUUUCUGCAUCUUUUUAUAAGCUGAAAGUUUGUUUUUUAAAGUUUUGUGAAUGAGUAGAUGUUAAUAUCCUAUUUUUGAAAGUAAUUCAUUGAUUUAGAAAUAAACAACUUUAUUUGAACCUGA